AUGGCAACUAACUUGGAUCAACCCCGUUUCUCUCCCAUCACUCCAGACGACCAUGCUGGGUCGGUUUGGAUUGCGGCGCUGCUAUGUCUGGUCUAUUCGGUCAUCACGUUGUGCCUCAGAGGUCAUCUGCGAUGGAAGAUGUAUGGUGUGGACGAUGGUCUCGCUCUGACUGCGACGGUUCUCCAGGUCGGAGAGGUGGUUGCGGUCAUUGUCGGCCUCGACCAUGGUCUAGGCAGGACCCAAGACCUCAUUCGUGUCAGUGACCUAGAAGAGUCCAGCAGGGCAGCGUUUGCAGGCAUCAUACUCUUCAUCCUCGCAGGCGCGCUAGCAAAGGCCUCGACACUUUGGUUGAUGAUGAGGCUCUUCAACUUGACUGGACCAAAGUCACAGACCGAAACGAGAUCAAGAGCACUAUACUGGACCGGCUUGACUCUGUUUGUCGGAAUAGGCCUCUGGGGGCUCCUGUCCAUUGUCGCAGUCUCAGUCGACUGUCGCACUUCGACCUUUAUCCGAGGCGAUCAGGGCCAUUGUUCGCACCAGUUCUUGCGCUGGCAGCUCAUCACCGCCUUCGACGUGGCGACGGAGUGCAUUUUGGUGCUACUCUCCAUCUUCACUGUCUGGCCGGUUCAGCUGGCGUUCUCCAUGAAGUGCCAGGUCGUCCUCGCCUUUGCAUUCCGCUUACCGAUUGUGGCGCUGUCGAUUGUACACCUCAAAUUCAUCUCCGAUUACACCAAAUCCUCCAACCCGGGGCUUGCGCUGGUGACUCCGCUCGUGCUUCAACAGGUACAGCUAUGCUGGUCCCUGAUCGCGGCCACGGUGCCCAACCUCAAGGCUUUUGUCAAGAGCUUCAGCAGCGGGUUCGGCAUUCGACUCGAUCCUAAUACUACGCGCAUAUACGGUUCCAGACGAUACGGUCGAAGCAACGGCUAUGAGCUGGGAUCAGUACCUGGCCAUGGCACCAACAAGUCCAAGUCGGAUACGCGGUCGUACAACGAUCUCGAAACACACUCCGCCCUCCCUCGACAAAUGGACGACGGGAAGGCCAGGACAAGGGAUCAAGAGUCAAUAGACAGCGCUGGCAGCCAAGACCAUAUCAUUCGCAAGGAUGUGCAAUGGAACAUUCACUAUGAGACCAACCAAGACCGAGUCUGA